AUGUCUGACAUGGAUGAUGAUGAUUUUGCGGGCAAUGAUGAUUUUGAAUUAUCUUAUACCGAUGAUAGUGAACAACCGGAUGUUGAUUUAGAAAAUCAAUAUUAUAAUUCAAAAGCUCUUAAAGAAGAUGAUCCAUUGGCCGCAAUUGAAAGUUUUAAAAAAGUAUUACAAUUACAAAAAUCUGGUGAGAAAGGUGAUUGGGGUUUUAAAGCAUUAAAACAAAUGAUUAAAAUACAUUUUAAAUUACAAAAUUAUACAGAAAUGAUGUUAGCAUAUAAAGAAUUGUUAACAUAUAUUAAAUCGGCUGUCACACGUAAUUAUAGUGAAAAAUCAAUCAAUUCUAUUUUGGAUUAUAUUUCAACAUCAAAACAAAUGAAUUUAUUACAAGAAUUUUAUGAAACAACUCUUGGAGCAUUAAAGGAAACAAAAAAUGAACGUUUAUGGUUCAAAACAAAUUUAAAAUUAGGAAAAUUAUAUGAAGAUUUACAAGAUUAUGGUAAAUUACAAAAAAUUCUCAAAGAAUUACAUAAAUCAUGUCAAACACCAGAAGGUAUGAAAAAAGGUUUUAUUAAUACACCACAUCAUUGGCUAGCCGUUGGAGAUGUUAGCUUGAUUUAG